AUGAUGCUACACUUAAUUCUGCUUGUUGUUUCAUAAUCAGGUCUUAUGACUCAGGAUAUUUUAAUGGAUUUUCAGGAACUUGUACCUCUGGAUUUCAAGAAACAUAAACAAUUACCUUCAACAGGAAUUUUUACAAUACUUUAAGUAAUCUUGGGUUUUGAGCAUUUUGAUUCUUAAUUCCCAACAGAAUUUAGAAUAACAAUUUAGGAUUUCAAAAAACAAGUAAAUAAUUAUUUGAUUGCAUACCGCUCUGUAAAUAACUGCUUUAAAAUAUUAUUGAUAGAUGAUGAUAGAAUAUAAGUCAUAAAUAACUUUAAUAACUUACUUCAAGCUGAUUAAACAUUUGAUCAUCAAAUUCCAAAUGUAAAUAAAGGAGUAAUUUUAAUAAUCAGUUUUGGAGUAAGUGGUACGAUCGAUUUCUGAUUAUCAGUAAUUUUCGAAUGAAAAUUAGAUUACAUCUUUUAUAGGCACUUAAUAACAGUUGAGAUUAUUCAACAAAUUUACGAUGGUUAUAAAGUUAUUUUAGUAGUUGAGGAGGCCUUUAAGGAUACUUAAAUUAUACAUCAUACAGAUUUGCAUAACUCGAUGAUAAUGGCUUUAGGUAAAAAUUUGUGCGAACAUCUGUUUCUCAAUCUUUCACAUUUAGCACUUGCAAAUAGCAUUAAUUAUUAUUUAGGGUACCAAGAUUUUAUACAGGCUUAUAUAUAUACAAUAUUCUUAAGUAUGCGACAUUGA